AUGUAUAAUCAAUAUUUUGUAUUUAUAAUUGUUUUAUUAAAUUUAAAUUUAAAUUUUAUUCAAUGUAAUUUUAUUAGAAAUGUAUAUGAUCAAGAUGGUUUGACUUAUAUAGAAGGUCAAUUUGAUUAUACUAAUGACAACGAGAUGAGUGUGAUUGUAAGAUACGACGGUUACUCUUAUUUCGAUUUGGUGGAAGUAACUAUUCAGAAUGACCACACCCUGUUGGUUGUCAAGUUGUUUCAAUUCGAUAAACCUGUCACUGCUUACGUUAAGACUGAGCUUGUUGCCUCUAAUACCUUCACCUACACACAUAACUAUAAUAACAACAAUGAUAAUAGUAAUAACGCUGGUGGUAAUAAUGAUGGUGGUGGCAAUAAUAGUGAUUCAUCGCAGUCGUCGUCAUCCGGUGAUCCUUACACUCCACCCUAUAAACACAAAGCAAAACCAGAGAUAACUGUUGUUUACAUCGUUAUCUCGGUGUUGUGCUCGAUUGGCUCACUCGUUGUAUUCUUUAUUGCGGCUCGACAAUACAGAGCUCUCUCUGCUUACACGUUGAUUUCGAUGCACGAUGAUCCUGUCGAUGACAACGAUGACAUCGAAGAAGAACCAUACAACUUUAGAGAGUACGAUGACUACGAUCACAAAAUCAUCAACCUCGAUAUCAACGAAGCAGAUUCAGAGUUAGAACCUACAAACUAUCGGGCAUAA